GGAGGAAACGUGCUCUUCCUGGUGACCAACUUCAUCGCUACAGCCGAGCAAGCGCAGGGCACCUGCCCCGAGAGCCCGUCUGUUCCUGCCGGGAUGUGCACAGAAGAUGCAGAAUGUCCCACAGGAGAGCCAGUGGUUCAUGGCAAUGGGAUAAAAACUGGGAAAUGUGUGAUGUUCAACACCACACAUUCCACCUGUGAGAUCUAUGCCUGGUGUCCUGUGGAGAACAACACCCUGUCCAGGAAACCUCUUCUGGCUGAGGCGGAGAAUGUCACUCUGUUUAUAAGAAAUACUGUCCACUUCACCAAAUUUAACUUCUCCAGGUGCAAUACUUUGCAGACCAGUGACCCCUCCUAUUUCAAGAGCUGCACGUAUGACCCAUCCCUCAACCCCUCCUGCCCCAUCUUCCGUGUGCGUGACAUGGUGGAGGCAACUGGAGAGACCUUUGGAGACCUCGCACUACUGGGAGGGUGCAUCAGAGUUCGCAUUGAGUGGGACUGUGACCUGGAUCGCUCUGCAUCCCAGUGCCAGCCACAGUACUCCUUCAGCCUGCAGGACAGGAGGUACAAUUUCAGAACUGCCUCCUACUACUGGGACUCCCAGCGACGGCUCUACCGGAACCUGCUGAAGCUCUAUGGGAUCCGCUUUGACAUCUCCGUGCAUGGGCAGGCCACAGUGGUCUGUGACCUGGUUCUGCUCUACCUGGAUGCAAAGGCUGACUUCUAUUGGAAGGAGAAGUUUGAGGAGGCAAAACCCCCACAAGAUAAGAGUGAGGCUGCAGCUUAG